CUCUUAGGUCUGAGUUGAGGUUUUGUUUGUUUACUUAAAUGAUUGUAGCCUUUGGUUUAGUUGAUAAGUGGCAAGUUAUAUUUGUGCCAGGGAAUGAUCAUCUUCCAUAUGAGAGAAUCUGAAUGUCUCACCUUGACAGUAAAUGAAGUCGCUGCUGAAUCCCCCGUGGAUGAGUGCAGCUCCAAUAAGCUUGCAUCAUCCAAGAUAAAAUCAAGCUGCAUGAUCAGGCCAACUUUAAACAUUCUCUGCUUUCACUAGUAUAGUAUGGCAUGGCUGCACAGUGAAAUAUCGACAAGAUGCAGCAUUUUAUCAAUGCUUUUUCAACAUCUUCCAAACCUAUAACGUCUAGUACCUAGAAGAAUGAUGACUGUAAAUACAUGAGAAGACCAAGUUGUACUCCAAGCUGCAUCAUUCUGACUUGGAACAAUAUAACUGUUCCUCAUUGUCACUGGAUCAAACUCUUGCACCCUGGCUUUGAAAUUCUAAUAGUCAUGGCUCUGAUUGUCCAUCUUUUUAUGGAUGAGCUUACAGGGUGUGAAUAGUGCUGGUGUAACAUGGGAUUACUAUCCAAUCUGGCACGGGGUUUGGUGCGUGGAGCUGACCGGACAGCAGAACUCACAAGCAAGCGUGGACCCCGCAGCUUCUACAAAUCACGCGGAGCCAAACCAGCAGGGGUACUUACUUCCAGUGGCAAAUUUAUCAAAAUCAGGAAAAUGGUGCCCGAGUUCGUAGUCCCUAAUUUAGAAGGUUUUAAACUAAAACCCUAUGUGUCUUACAAAGCACCAAAAGGAACAGAACAACCUCUGACAGCCAAGACACUCUUUACAGAAACCAUUGCUCCACAAAUAGAGAAGGACUUUCAGGAAGGGAACUUUGACCUGAACAAUCUUGAAAAAUAUGGCUUUGAGCCAUCACAAGAGGGCAAGCUCUUCCAACUAUUUCCAAAAAAUUAUGUACGUUGAUAAGAAUUGGAUUAUUUCCUACACUGAUUUUUGAGAGAAAUAGGAAGUAGUAGCCAUGUAUGAUAGUAUCUCACUAAAACUACACCCAUGCUGGCUAUUACUCAAGUAAUUAUAGUUUACUGGACUGGAAUAUUGAAAGAGAAGUAAUGUCAAGUCCUGUGUUUACAUCCAGACAUGUGGUGUAUGGUUUUAUUUUAAUUAAACCUUGUCUUUCAUUA